AUGUCUCAAAUUUGUCCUCAAACAACUAUUAGUGCUACCAAUCUCCCAAAUAACAACUUCUCAAAAUGUUCCUCAUCAUCUAUUUUUACAAAAAUAUUUAUUUAUGUCGAUUCUCGUGAAGAACCGUUUUCAAUUCGAUUGCAACAGCUCGCUACCGAUAUUAAAUUAAAAGAUUUUUUAAAAUCUCUACCAUCUAGCUAUUGUCAACAAGGAAAAUAUAAAUAUUUUUUCAAAUCACACGAUCAGCUUUUAGGCAUUAUUCGCGAAGAAAUAUCUGAUUUGGAUCAAGUAUUACCAUCUUGUCACGGAAGAAUAACAGCAUGGCUCUUACCGGCUGUAGCAGUAAACGAAACUCAAAAUCAAAGUUCAACAGUGGAACAAAGACAUCCCACACGAAGACGAUAUCAGCCACCUCAAGAUGAUUCGUUAUUUACAAGUGGUGACGAAUUUGAUUCAUCACAAUCAGAAACAACAGCAACGACACAAGAUGAAGACGAUGAUAGAUUUUCGUCAAUGACAGAAUCAACAGAUACGACCGCUUCACCCUCUCUACGCUAUUAUCGUCGUCAAAAUCAACGAAGACGUAGAAGGGAACAAGCUCAACGUAGACAUCGAGCAAGUACCUAUUCAACAAUCUCUUUGGAUGUUAUCACUGUUGUUUUAAAUCUUGAAAACAUCAGUUUCCUUGGAAUAUCAAUAGUUGGACAAAUUGAUGGAUCGACAGAUGGUGGGAUUUAUGUUGGAUCAAUCAUGAAGGGGGGUGCUGUUGCUGCAGAUGGUAGGAUAGAGCCAGGUGAUAUGAUUUUACAAAUGAAUGAUAUUAGUUUUCAAAAUAUGUCGAAUGAUGAAGCUGUUAAGAUAUUAAGGCAAAGUGUACAGAAUGCAAAAACAUUGAAGCUUGUUGUUGCCAAAUGUUGGAAUGAGAAUCCGCGUGAUUAUUUUCACUUACCUCAUCCUCAGUCAGAUCCCAUUCAUCGCAUCGAUCCAUUACAAUGGCUAACACAAACACAGCAAGCACUCGUUCAACAGAACAACAACAACAACAACAACAAAAGACGAUCUGCCUCGCCUCAAAUCCCAUCAACAAGUACAAUAAUGAGUUCAACAAUAUCGUCACCAGCACAUCAUGGCCAGAAAGAAAAAUUCAUUUAUGAUUUGAAUUUAACUCGCACAUCUGAUAUGGAAACAAUUGUAAAAGCCAUGAAAAAACAUAAUUCUGGUUUAGACAUUAGAGAUCGACUAUGGCUAAAAAUUAUCAUACCAAAAUCGAUUGUUGUCGAAUGGUUAUUUAAAUAUGUUGACGGUUUUAUUGAUAAAAACGAUGCAAAAGAUUAUGCUUGCUUAAUGUUGGAACGUGGCUAUAUUCGUCAUAUUGUUAAUCAAACGAAAUUCAGUAAAUCAUGUUAUUAUAUAUUUGGCGAUUUAUGUCAAGAUAUGACUCAGUUGACAAUGUCAGAUAAUUAUGAAUCGUUGUGUGAAUUAGACACAGAUGAUGAUGUGAAACAGUCGACAACAAUCUAUGGAUAUCUCGACAAACACAAUUUACCACUGUACUCGUCGAAUUCUUCAUUGACAGGAAAAUAUAAAGCAAAAGCACACCAAUCAAAUGAUAAUUCACGUGGAAAACCGUCAACAACAACAACCUCUUCAUCAUUAUCAUAUGCUCGUUAUCAACCUCAAUCGUCUCUGGCGUCUUCAUUUCUCGGCACAACCACGUUUUCGUCAAUUCGAAAUAAUUCUCUAUUAACUUCACCUGCUUCGACGGCACAACCAUCGAACGCUUCAUCAAAAUCAAUCAUAACGAUUUAA